AUGGCAUUUGCACCUCCUAGAAACAUGGAUGGCCCCAAGCUACAGACCAAGAUGAGCACAUGGACUCCACUGAACCAUCAACUCAUGAAUGACAAGGUAUUCGAAGAAAGAAGAGACCUGCUUGGAAGAUGGUUUGACAAGUGGACAGAUGGUCAGAGGCGGAGGAUCCUGGUGGACCUGUUGGAACGCUGCUCCUUGUCCCAGCAGAAAUUCUGUGCCAAGCAGCUACAGGAUCGAGUUCCCACCGAGGCUCUAGAUUUUACCACAAGGCUUCCGAGAGUCCUGUCUUUAUACAUCUUUUCCUUCCUGGACCCACGGAGCCUCUGUCGAUGUGCACAGGUGAGUUGGUACUGGAAGUACCUGUCUGAACUGGAUCAGCUUUGGAUGCUGAAGUGCCUGCGUUUUGGCUGGUACAUCAACUUCUCUCCAACCCCCUUUGAGCAAGGAGUCUGGAAGAAACACUACAUUGAGAUGGUGAAAGAGCUGCAUGUCACGAGACCAAAGACUCCUUCAAAGGAUGAGUUUGUAGUUAUUGAUGUGCAACCGAUAAGAAGCAGCAUCCCCGAAGCAAAACUUUCUGUGCCAGGAAGGAUGAACAAGGAGAAAAAAUUGCUCCCACCAUGGCGUUCAUCAGACAGGCAUCCUACAGACACCAUCCGAUUCAACUACCUCGACAACUAUGAUCCCAUUGAGCAGGCUAGGCAGGCGAGAAAGAAAGGAGGAGGGGAGACCCCAGACCUCAGCCGGCAGGCAGCUGAGAAAAAAAAGAGAGCGGGUCGCAGAUCUAAUAAGCUCCAGAAGGCAAAAUCACUGCUAUCACUUUCUGCAGCUCUGGAGUCUGUUCCAAAACCACAAGUUCGUCCCAGCUGGGCCACUCACCAGUCAACCGGGAACCCGCCCUCCAAAGCGGCAGCAAAGACCCUAGCCCAGAGCUCCCAGUGGAAUGCCGGGAUACGACCAGCACCUGUUCGAGCUCCCGUGCCAAAGCCACAUGGAAGAGGAAAGAAAGACUUCACAAGGAUGAACAACAGGUCCCCAUCAUCUCCACUGUUUGAGGCUCAGCCCUGGCACAUUCCUCCAUCUAACCAAGGAUCUGACACAGAGUAA